AUGGCCGUGUGCGGGACAGCAGAGGUAGCAGAUAUUGUGUUCCUUGUGGGGCAGUCCCAGAGCACCGAGACAGAGAGCACCCAGCUAGUCAAAGACUUCAUCUCCAGCUUGGCCCACUCCUUCGAGAAUGUGGUGAUGGGCAAAGGAGGUGUUCGCCUCGGGGUAGCACUCUACGAGGAGAAACCAAGGAUGAGUAUUGAGCUGACAGAUUAUGUAACCAUUGAAGAAAUGCUGGUGGCAAUUCAGGAUCUCUCAUUCAAAGGGGGAAGCUUAAAAACAGGAUCUGCCCUGGCAUUUGUGGCUCGUGCCGUGUUUCAUCCUACCAUGCCGAGGAAGGAUGCAGCAAAGAUAGUUGUUUUGAUCACAGAUGGGAAGUCUGGCGAUUCAGUUGAAGAGGAAGCCCUGGUUCUGCAGGAUUGGGGCGUGACAGUGUUUGCUGUAGGAAUUAAGGAUGCUGAUAAGAAUGAACUGAAUAAAAUAGCUUCUGAGCCUACUGAAGAGCAUGUGCUUUAUGUUGACAAUUUCCACCUGCUCCACAAUGUGGCCCCCAAACUCUCUCGAAGGCUCUGUUUCACUGCCUCGGAGCCACCACGACCCAUCAAGCAGAUUGUCCAAGCUGAGAAGAUCAUCGGUCCCCGGGAUUUGCUUGUCAGUGAACACAGUCACAGCUCACUGCGGCUAACAUGGGUGCCGGCUACAGGGAAAGUGAUUGGGUACCGUGUCCACCUGCAUCCUUUGCUGCCUACAGGGCAGCCGGUUUCAGAGGAUGAGCAGCAGAUUGUGGUGGAUGGUGACAAAGGCACCGUGCUGGUGACUGAUCUCAAACCCAACACCAAGUAUGUCUUCACAGUGCAGGCUGUCUAUGCAGAGGCUCUCGGAGAGUCGACAACUGUCAAGGGUAAAACAACUCCUGUCCCUCCAGUCACUAAUUUCCGUGUGAUAGAAGAAGGACUUUUUAGCUUGAAGGUGGCUUGGACACCUCCCCUAGGCAAGUUGAAAGGCUACAAGGUCUACAUUCCUAGAGCCAAGAGACCGGGAAUGACCUAUGAGCAAGUUCUGCGGGGCGACGCUAUUUCCCACGUGCUGGAUAACCUGCAGGAAGAUAGAGAGUACAGCAUCAGCAUCUACGCGGUGUACCCUCAGGGGCCAAGCCAGCCUGUGUCUGCCGUGGGAAGAACAUUAAAACUCCUGCCUGUGAAAAGCGUAUUGCUGCAGAAUGCGACGACCGACACGCUCCAGGCCAGAUGGAGUCCAGUCCGGGGAGCGACCGGCUACAGGCUCACCUGGAUGUCGGCAGAGGGCAGCAUCCAGGACGUGAACCUCAGCAACACCUACAGCUACUACAUGAUCCAGGGGUUGCAGCCUGGCACAGAAUAUACCGUCACCAUCAACCCCAUCUUUGGAAAUAUCGAGGGGCCAGUGGUGAGCAGAAAAGCAACCACUGUGGCAUCAAGCACCGUCCAGAUGCUGAAAGUCAGUGAGAUAUCCAUCAACAGUGCUCUGGUCUCCUGGGACUCAGUUGCUGGGGCCACUGGGUAUCGAGUGGCUUGGGGUCCUACACCAGAAUUCUUUGGCAAAGAUCGUCCUCGGCAGCUGGCCCUCAACAAGUCAAUCACAGCCUACCAGCUCCGAAACCUGGCCCAUGAUACGGAGUAUGUGAUUUCCCUCUAUGUGCUCUUUGGCUCAGUGGAAGGACCAGGGAUCACAACCUCAGCCCGGACACCUCCUCUGGGCUACGUCUCCAAUUUCAAAGUGGCGUCCUACACCAGCACAAGCCUGUCUCUGGCAUGGAGUGCCACAGCAGCUGCCACCAAAUUCAGAGUCACCUGGAGCCCUGUGGGAGCAGGCAAAGAAAAGCAAGUUACCAAGACUCAGUACCUGGGCAGCAGAGUUUUGGCGUAUCGGAUUGACCACUUGCUGCCUGACACCUUGUAUACAGUCAGCAUUCGGGCCGUCUUCAACAAGACUGAGGGUCCGGACGUGACCCUCACUCACCGCACAGCAUCUCUUGUAGACUCCAACACCAUCCAGACUGUCCAAGACCUGAGGAUUACUGACACUGGCAUAAAUAGUUUGAAGGUGUCUUGGGGGAGGCUUUCUGGUGUAACUCACUAUAAGAUAUCCUGGGUCCCAUUCAGCGGUGGCUUGGAAAUCUCCCAGCUGGUUGCAGCAGAGACUGUCUCUUUCACAAUACCCAAGCUGAAGGAGAGCACUACCUACACCAUCUGCGUGUCUGCAGUGAUCGAGGGACAAGAGGGAAGCCCGACACUCCUCACAGCCAAAACCUUGGAUUUACCCAAAGUGACUGAGUUCGCAGUGCAGGAGGCUGCAGAGACUAGCAUUUUGCUGACUUGGACUGCUGUUUCUGGAGCAUCUACAUACUUAUUGACGUGGCGUUUGUCCUCAGCUUCUGAUCUUUCUCUGCAACUGUUGACAGCAGCUUCUAGAUCAUAUCGAGUGACAGGGCUGAGCUCCAAAGAGAAAUAUUUGUUUUCUAUAAGGCCAGUCUUUGGAGAGACUGAGGGACCAGAGACAACACUCAUUGGACAUACAGGUAUGACACAUGGGUGCUUGUGUUGCAGUUUCUCCUAG